AGAGACGACAGAUGAAGGAGGACAUUGAGAGGAGGAGGAUGGAUGCUGCAGAGAGGAUGAAGAGCUUGAGUACGUCCGGUGUGAACGGAGAUGAGAUGUUCAGUCCCGUCAGUCCCAAAGCUCCAACUCAGAAGAUCACAGAGAAAACCCAGUCACUGAACCGCUCGCUGAAGAAAAGUAACAGCUUUAAGAAGACUCAGACGCUCGUUCUGCUGCCGAAGAUCGACGACAAGCUGGAGCAGUACGCUCACGCUGUGGAGAACUCUCUGGAGACGCGGUCAGUGAAGGCAUCGCUGAGCGACCUGCCCAGCGCUCCUGAAGUCGCCUCCAAGAAGAACCUGUUUGAAGCCGGAGACGCCUGGAGCCAGAGUCCCAGAGCUGCUUCCUGCAAGCCGGACACUGAGGGGUUAAAGGUCGGAGUGGCCGGUCUGAUCACACAGUGGGUCAAAGGUCCGACUGACGGCAGCAAACAGUCGGCUGCUCGACCCGCAGAUGUGAAGCCCGGAGACGUGAUGCAGAAGAAGAACAUGUGGGAGAUAAUCGGAGACUCGUCAGAGAAGCCGGGGCAAAGAGUCAAGGGCUCGGCAGGAAGUAAAAAGUACAAGUUCGUCGUCACUGGUCACGGAAAGUACGAGAAGAUCCCCGUUGCCGACGACGACGACGAGGAAUUCACCAACGGGAAGUCAGGUUUCUGUCAUGGUGACUACUGAGGUGUGUCAUCUCUUCAGGUGGUUUCCAUCCUGAUCUCACAAAACAUCCACUGGCUAUAAAGACAUCCGAGAGAAGAAGCUCUAACAAUUACAAUAUUUCAUUCAUAUCCAACAAAUCAUUUUCUCUGACUUUCUCAACUGGACACUCAACAAGUCAACCAGUCAACCAACAGCUCAAGUCUUGAUCAUUUAACGUUUGUAUUUGUGCAGUUUCCUGUUUGUUUUUUUGUGUUU